AUGAUUCCCAGCAGAGGAAUUGCCCGGUCCCUUCCUUCGGGAAUCACCAGCGGCCUAUCAGCAAGCCGAUUAAAUGGCCGCACAUUCGCCACACGAUCGAUCCCGAGUAGUCGAAAUGCCGCCCUCAUCUCCGGCCACGGCAUGCGCGCCCGCCUCUUUCCUGCCGGUGCCGGCGUAGCAGCAGCCCCAAUGGCCCUCGGCAGCGUCGCCGCGAGCCGCAAUCUCUCCCUCUGGGGCUGGGGCGGCGGCAGCAGCAAGGCCAGCGAGCAAGCCGUCGAAGAGGCGAACCGGACUGCCGCCGCCGCCGCGCAGGAGCAGCAGCACGCGGCCUCGAGCGCCACCGACGCCGUCACCGACAACAUCUCCGCCGCACCAUCCCUGACCGAGCCGUCCGCCAACGCCACACCACCCCUAGCCAACAGCGACCUGAGCGACUUUGGCAGCAGCAGCGGCCUCAGCGCCGCCGAGAUCCUCGACCUGUCGCCCAACGAGCUGGGCUACCUGCAGGCGCUGGGCCUCGACAACGGCUGGGGCCCGACGUCGGUGAUGCAGUGGACGCUGGAGCACAUCCACGUCCUCACGGGCCUCGGCUGGGGCGCCAGCAUCGUCGCGUCGGCGUUUGCGCUGCGCGCCGCCAUGCUGAUCCCGCACGUCAUGCAGUUGCGCAACGGAGGGCGCGUCGCGCACAUGCAGGCCGACCCGCGUGCCGUCGAGAUGAACCGCCUGACCAAGGAGUCGCUGACGGCCGGCCAGGACGGCAUGGAGAAGCGCCAGCAGGCAAAGGUCCUCGCCGACCUACUGAAAAAGGAGUACGGCGUCAACAACUGGAACCUGCUGUGGGUGGUGGCCCAGUUUCCCUUUACGAUUGGCCUCUUCAAGCUCGUGCGGCAGAUGGGCAACUUGCCGGUCCCGGGCAUGGAUCAGGCUGGUCUCUUGUGGUUCGCAGACCUGACGGUUCGCGACCCGUACUUUAUCCUGCCUGCGCUCGCUACGGGUGUCAUGAUUCUGUCCUUGCAGGUCAGCCAAAAGUACAUGGCUGAAGCGCAGAAAAAGAUGAUGAAGCCCAUGGCCUGGGCACUGGGAGGCAUCGGCUUCCUGUUCACCAGCUUCCUCACCGCCGGCGUUAACGUCAUGGGUCUCGCCUUUGCCAGCGCCACUCUCCUCACCUCGCUCAUUCUCGAGAUCCCGGCCCUGCGCCAGCGGUUCGGCCUCCUGAUGGGCCCUCCUCCGUCCCCCGCCUCCGCCGCCAAAUCUGCCGCCUCCUCUUCCGCGGCCGCUGCCUCUCCCAUCCCCGCGCACAUCCCCAAGGGCAUCCGCUACGAGGCGCCCCGCGGCGGCUUCUCCGCCGCCAACGUGCGCACCACGACCGCCGAGGAGGUCGUCAAGCCCGCGAGCUUCACGGAGCGCGUCAACACGAGCUUCGCCGACGCCAAGCAGGGCAUGUCGCAGCAGCUCGGCAGCUUCGGCGGCCGCUUCGCCGCGUCCGACGCGGAAAAGGCGGAGCGCAACCGCAAGGAGCUGAUAAAGAAGCUCGAGGACAAGCGCAAGCAGCAGGAGCGCGACGAGUUUAGCAGAAAAUACAAGGGAAAGAACUAA